GGAGGGCGGGGGAGGAGAGAGAGGAGAGAGGAUGGAGAGGGAGUGAGACCCGGAUGCUGAUGCGAGUGAGGCGAAGGAAGGAAGAGGGGAGAGAAAAUAUCGAUUUACGGCAAGAAAAACCGAAGGGAGUAUAAUACAAGGGGGCCUUUUUACCCUGCGUGAACUGCAAUCAGAAGCGGGGCAGGGGCAUCGGGGCGGCGGGCGAUAGCGCGGCUUCAUCCGCGGAUCCGAGUGUGUGUGUUGUUUUUUUCCACCUGAGCAUCCGCCGGUGAGGGAGGAGGACACGCCAAAGGAGAGGAGCGGGGAAGAUGCUGUGAUCCGCUACUUGCAGUGAUGUAGAGAGGCAGAGACGGGCAGGGACAGGGAGGGGGAGGACUACGCUCAACGCUGGGAGAAAAAAAAAAGAUGGUUGUUUUGCGGGGAAUACGCGCUUCGCCUCGAAAUAUUGUGAGAAUGCGGCGGCCGUCCGAUGAAUCUUCCCGUUUGGCGAGAAACUUCAGGCGGUGUCGGUUUUUUUGACAGACGGCCGUCCAGGCGUUGAAGCUAAAGCUAGCCUCGCUGCUGUGUGGGAGAGCGGCGGCGGCGGCGAGGCUAAAAUAGCAUGUUGUUGCACCUGUAAAACAGGCCUGACAGAGAGAAUAACAUCCAUUUAAUUCCACUCACUUGACGUAUUGGGCGUUUUUGUCGGUAAAUUCAACCAGCGAGUGACAUAAAUGUGAGCAAAACCUGCUUGUUUUGAGGCUAAAAACGUUUUUUCCUAUUAACCGUCAUAUAUAGUUAACGUCAAGGUGCAAGCUAAAACAAAUAAGCUAAUGUACAUAAGUAAGGCUCAUUAGUUUGCUAACCUUGUCACGUUUAUCUUUAGGCUAGGGGUCGGUAUUAACGCAUAGCAACUUGAUGUCAUCUGAGUUUCCCUGCUUUAAUCUACCAGAUAGCGAGGUGUUUGGUUAAAUAUCAUGUUCACAGAAAUAUUUAGCCCGGUUUUAGAUGCUCAUUUGUCAUCCAAGGUGUUGUAAGUCUUUUUUUUUUUACAUGUUUCAUUUAGUAACUUCAGAGUAGCAGUGUUGUCACGAGUAUAAAAUGCAGCCCUUCUAAGUUGAGCAUCACCUUGUAUCCCCACAAUAACUUCUGUAUACAAUAUCACAGUAAUUGCAAUAAUCACAGUGCAGUAGUUGUAAUAAUACUUGUGUAUCAGCCUCCAGUCAGAGCAGUAUGAGUAAGGAACUGUCUCUAAGUCAGUCAGCUCAAUAUGUUGGGCCCUAUCGACUGGAAAAGACUCUGGGGAAGGGACAGACAGGACUGGUCAAACUGGGGGUCCAUUGUAUUACGGGUCAGAAGGUAGCGAUCAAAAUAGUCAACAGAGAGAAGCUGUCUGAGUCAGUCCUGAUGAAGGUUGAGAGGGAGAUUGCCAUUCUGAAACUGAUUGAGCAUCCGCAUGUGUUGAAGCUGCAUGAUGUUUACGAGAAUAACAAAUAUCUGUACCUGGUGUUGGAGCAUGUGUCAGGAGGAGAGCUCUUUGACUACCUGGUGAAGAAGGGCCGGCUAACUCCAAAAGAGGCCAGGAAGUUCUUCAGGCAGAUCAUCUCUGCUCUGGAUUUCUGCCACAGUCAUUCCAUCUGUCACAGAGACCUGAAGCCUGAGAACUUGCUCCUGGAUGAAAAGAACAACAUUCGCAUCGCUGACUUUGGCAUGGCCUCCCUACAGGUGGGAGACAGUCUGUUAGAAACCAGCUGUGGAUCACCACAUUAUGCUUGUCCUGAAGUUAUACGGGGGGAGAAAUACGAUGGACGGAGAGCAGAUGUGUGGAGCUGUGGGGUCAUCCUGUUUGCCCUGCUGGUGGGUGCUCUGCCGUUUGACCAUGACAAUUUACGCCAGCUCCUGGAAAAGGUGAAGAGUGGUGUGUUCCACAUGCCCCACUUCAUCCCGCCGGACUGCCAGUCUCUGCUCAAGGGCAUGAUUGAGGUCAACCCUGAAAAGAGGCUCACGCUAGAGGCCAUCCAAAAACACGCCUGGUACCUGGGUGGUCGUAACGAGCCGUGUCCUGAGCAGCCUCCUCCCAGGCGAGUGUGUGUGAGGCGAAUCUUAUCCCUGACUGAGCUGGACCCAGAUGUGUUGGACAGCAUGCACUCGUUGGGGUGUUUCCGGGACCGAGUCAAGCUCACACGUGAUUUGCAAUGUGAAGAAGAAAACCAGGAGAAGAUGAUCUAUUACCUACUGCUGGACAGGAAAGAGCGUUACCCCAGCUAUGAGGAUGAGGACUUACCUCCACGCAAUGACGUAGCAGACCCUCCCAGAAAGCGUGUCGACUCCCCAAUGCUGACGCGCCACGGCCGCUGCCGUCCUGAGAGGAAAAGCCUGGAGGUGCUGAGUGUUACUGAGCAGGGGUCUCCUACCCCUCCUCGCAGGGCCCUGGACACAGCUGCACACAGCCAGAGGUCUCGCUCAGUCAGCGGAGCAUCUACUGGUCUCUCCUCCAGUCCUCUCAGCAGUCCCAGGUCCUAUCAGAGCCCCGUCUUCACUUUCAGCCAAUCAGAUGUCACCUCUGCCACCGCUUCCCCCCUCACAAAGGAGUCCAAACAGGGAAGUGCCACCACUCCACGCUCAGCACGGGCUCAUGACAAGCCCAAAGCUUCCCCCAACCCAAAGACCCAGACCUUGCCCACCAAGGGACCAGCCGACAGACCCCAUCUGCAGCCCAUCAAAUCCCUGCCUCUGCACAACCCAUCCUCCCGCUCGCCCUCCCCCUCCCCACUUCUGUCACCCAUCCCCCGUUUCUUCUUCCCUUCGUCCUCUGUCCUAAAGUCAGUGACUAAGAGCUUCUACCCAAACUCUGCCCACUCUGUGCCGCAGGUCACCCCCCAGGGCUCUCCGUUGCCCACACCCUUGGGCACCCCUGUCCACCACCCUCACCACCCUUCCUCCACCCCGCCCUCCUCUUCCUCAUCCUCGUCCUCCUCGCGGGCGGAGGGAGGGGGAGGGGUGGGCUCGCUGUCGCUGACCCCGCCUUCAAGCCCGGGAGGGGGAAGCGGCAUGGCGGCCAGCAGCUCCGCCCACUGGAGGACUCGCCUCAAUUCUUUCAAGAACAACCUGCUGGGCUCGCCCCGCUUCCAUCGCCGCAAAUUGCAAGUUCCUACAUCAGAAGACAUGUCGAGUCUAACACCAGAAUCCAGCCCAGAGCUGGCUAAGAAGUCGUGGUUUGGGAAUUUCAUCGGCUUGGAGAAAGAGGAGCAGAUCUUUGUGGUGAUCAGAGACAAACCUCUGAGUUCGGUCAAAGCAGACAUCGUCCACGCUUUCCUGUCUAUCCCGUCUCUCAGUCACAGCGUCCUCUCGCAGACCAGCUUCCGGGCCGAGUACAAGUCCUCCGGCGGCCCCUCCGUCUUCCAGAAGCCCGUCAAGUUCCAGGUGGACAUUGCCUUUUCCGAGGGCGAGAGGGAGCGGGACAGGGAGAGGACCGAGAGGGAGGGGAGGAGGGAAACGGGAAUCUACAGCGUGACGUUCACCCUCAUAUCAGGUCCGAGUCGCAGGUUCAGACGAGUGGUGGAGACGAUUCAAGCUCAGCUUCUCAGCUCCCAUGAUCAGCCGCUGGUGCAAGCCCUAUCUGAUCCCUUCCCAGAUGAGAAGAACGGCCGGCCCCACGGGACCCCCACCCGCCAAAACUCGAGGCGCUCUGAGGGUGGGGGCGACAGGUGCGAGUGGGGCGACCGAGCAGACGGUGGAGGCAUAGGAGGCAGCGGGGGAGUCCUGCAACGCAGAGGCUCGGCGAAAGAGAGAACCCGACUGCUGUCCUCCAACGGAACCCAAUCCCAGCCGUAGGAUAGAAAGUGAGACCACACAGCAGGAUGCCUGAACUACACCAGAAAGAAGACAGUAUACCUUCAUCUCCAAGUAUCCCUGCAAGCCAUGAGCUACUCCUAUUCUUCCUUGACUAAGUUAUUGAAGGUGCUUGACCAUAGCAAGGAUUGAGCCUUCCCCCCCCUCAUCGUGCAUUUUUUUUCCAACAUUCUCUUGAUCUUUUGGAUCACCAGGAUUCUUAUCCUUACGUAACAAAGAAGUGUUAAGGAACCACCCUUUAAUUAAAAAAAAAUAAUAUGUGAAUGAGCAGUUUGGUAUCCGUCAUAGAUACAGCUUCACAGAUCAAACUAGGAUUUUUGAAGUGCUAAUGUGCAUGCCAGUUAGCAAAUCAGCCUGCUAAAGGAUGCUGACACGAUCAGAUAGGCUAGUCUACCAUAUCAUAGUAAUACAGUAUCUGACACCAAAAAGAAACCGCAGUCUUGUGAUGGUUCUCAAGAUCACUCUUUAAAUUAACCCGUGCGCUCAUAUCACUAUCAAGCAACAUGCAAUUACCAGUCCGUACUGAGAGAAAUAUAAACGCAUCCUAAAGAGUUAACAACCUGCUAGCGCCUCAGUGAGUGGUGUCGAACAAAAGGUCCUGUUUUUCUCAGGAGAAACUACAUCCUGGAACUCCAGCAGUGUCUUCUCCUGAGGUAAAGAAAACCAACAAAGUAAGCUAAGUAAGUGAAUGUGAAAUAAAUAUUUUUUUAUUUAGUUUUUAUUUAUGUUUACAUACUUCUUUUGAGGAUGUCAGUAGCACAGCGAUCGCAGUAACGACAGCAACCGAAACACUCCGGUGUUUGACAGGAGAAGCUGACAGGCAUUCAUUUAAAGUAAACUGUUUUUGAUUCUUUUGUAUUUCCUUUUUACUCAGAGACAAUACGAAACAAUGCAUCCGAGAUUUUUUUUUUUUUGCAUUGGACCCUUGUUGCUCUGAAGGAAAACGUUUUUUGAUUUGAACAGAAAUAUGAACAUUACUAUAUGAGAAGAAGAAAAAAAAAAACACUAUGCGUGAAUAGUUCCAUGAGCCUCAUCACAGCUGUUUGUGCCCAGAUCGAAUGAGAAGAGCAUUCCUGGCCUGUGGAUCAAACAGAAACCACCUUUCUCGUCGAGCUUGUCUCCUGUUGCCAUAGUAUUCACGUACUGACUUAUAACAAAAUAAAACAACAAAAAAAAGAGCAAACCCCACACCCAAACACAACGGAAAUUCAUCAAUGGACGUUUUCAUGAUGCCGGACUUAUAAGGCUUGCCGUGUCGAUUCCUCUUUGAACAGGACUUCAAAAUGGGAAGCAACCGAAGUCUCCUAACCCCAGUGCUCCUCAUUUCAGUGUUCACCAACAAGCCAAGUAGUCCAUCACUGCACCCACGCUCAUCACCGAGAGUCGCACCAUUCUGCAAGCAGACGUAGCAACUCGGACAGUCACGUAUUACUCCAGUACUCUGUCAGACUAGUCGAUGUUCAUCACCAGUCUUCCAUACAGCACAAUAUGCAAGAAAAGCGCAGAAUGUUUUCAGAGAGGUACACAGUGCUACGGUUUUGUUCAUUUCACUGGUUUAUUUGCAUAUUUCUCCACUCCUCCCGCUCUAUUUAUUAUUUAUUUGUAUUUAUUUAAGUUAUUCGGUUAUGUCAUGUGUUUGUUUACACGCUAGAUUUUAUGCCAACGAAAAUGUGUCAAUUCCAUCCUUUUCAUUUCUCGAUCUUUUUUAUUAUUUAUUCUUGUUCUCUCUCCACGCAAAAGAACGACUUUGAUAGCAGUGCCGACAAGUUGCUCUCACCGAACGUCUCCAGCCGUCUUCGUCCGCGUCUCACGUCUCUUUUAAUCACGCUUAUCUCUGGUAACUGGAAUCUGUGCGCGAGGCGGGGCGGAUGACGACCGAGCGAGAGCGAGAACUGGAAACUGUGCAGCAGAUGCAUUUUGAGCUGACCACGUACGGAGAUGUUGACUGACCCAGUAAUAUUAAAUGAGUUAACACAGCCAAAACCAUAACCUGGCACAUCAUUUUUCUCUUCUCAUGCAUCGAAUGCUUGCUAAUUCGCUCCAUCUCUUGCUUUUAUUGCCUUUUGUCCCUUUGACCUGUCUGUCUGCCUCCUCACCUGUCGCGUAGCCAUCAUCACCAGAGAAACUCUGCGAUGUUGUUCGCCUCACGGUCCAUGCACACUUUAUGAUUGCUCACCGUCAUCAGUUUCAUCUCUCACCUCCCACCUUCACUUUCAUUGACCCAACUCUGGCUAAGAUUGUAAACUAUUCUCCAUUCAUUCAUAAGGGUCAGUAGAAUAAGGUGUUUAAAAAAAAGAAAUGUCUGUAUCAUAAUUUAAAUAUAAAAAGUGCACUAUUAUAACUAUUGCCUGUGAUAAAAAGAACAAUUAUGAUUGAAUUGAUGGUCAAAAUAAAGAGAGAUCCACCUUAUUGUUAUGGUUACAAUAAUAAACCCUAAAUUCAUA